AUGACGAGGACGAAGACGAAGAGGAAUAAUAAUGAUGUUGCACUCGAUACUGAGAAGCGGACGACGAAGAGGAAGAAUGAUGACGUUGAUAAUGAGAAUAUGACGAAGAGGAAGAAUAAUGAUGUUGAUAAUGAGAAUAGAACAAAGAGGAAGAAUGAUGAGGUGAUGAACUCUAAGAGGAAGAAUGACGAGGAGAUGAAGAAGAGUAAGCAGGAUGAUGUUGAUGAGAUUAAGAGAAAGAUGAAUGAGAGGAAGGAGAGGCGAGAGAGGCCGACAAACUUGGCCAAGAAGAGGAAGGCUGAUGAGUUGGCCAAGAAGAGGGAGGCUGAUGAGUUGGCCAAGAAGAGGGAGUUGGCCAAGAAGAGGAACUUGUCCAAGAAGAGGAAGUCGAAAAAGGAAGAGGAAGAGGACUAG